AUGGCGGCUAGAGAAGAGUUAUGGCAUAGAGUGAUGAAGGGGAGAGGCCAUGGUUUCUCCGGGACCACCGACGGAGCCACGGAGGGUGGUGCUUUCCGUUUGAUCCAAAUAUCUUUAUGCGCGGUUGGCAUGGAAGCUAUUCUUGUCGAUUCUGUACGGAACAGCUUACAGCACUUGAUGUAUCGAAAUGCUAUUUUCAUGUGCGAGCGCCUCUGUGCUGAGUUUCCUUCUGAGCAUGGACGUGGAGGCAGUUGCUCUCUCACUCUUUGUUUGAAUGAGAAAGAUGCCCUGGCUUAUGCCUUUUUCAUGAAUCAGAAAAUGAAAAAUUUGCAUCUGCUUGCUAGCUGUUACCUACAAAACAAUCAGGCACAUUGUGCUUACCACAUAUUAAAGGGAAAAGAAAUGGCACAAUGCCGCUACAUGUUUGCACUGUCGUGCUUUCAGAUGGAUCUAAUGAGUGAAGCAGAAGCUGCAUUGUCCCCUAAUGAGUCUUCUGCAGAGGUUCCAAAUGGAGCUGCUGGGCAUUACCUUCUUGGACUUGUAUACAGGUAUACAGAUAGAAGGCAGAGCGCUAUCAAUCACUUCAAUCAGGCAUUAUCAUUGGACCCAUUAUUAUGGGUUGCUUAUGAAGAACUUUGUAUAUUAGGUGUGGCUGAUGAAGCAACUUCGGUAUUUGAUGAAGGAGCUUCUCUAUGCAUACAGAAACAAUAUCUAAAUAGUGGAUCAGCUUCCCCGAGUUCGCAGGCACCAAAUGAGGAGCACAUUGCUUCAAACAGAAUCUCAAGCUCAGAAGAUAUUAGUUCGAGAAAGUUAAAGCACCUUCAUAACAAUAAGCUACGCGAUAUAUCUGGGAACAAUCAGGGAACAACUACUAAUCAGCCUCUAAAUGGUGUUCUUGCAAGUUUCCCAUAUUAUAAUACACCUUCUCCUAUGGCUGCACAUUCACAGUUGUCAGGUGUAGCUCCACCACCUAUAUGUAGAAAUGUACAACCAAACGGUCCAAUAGCGAAAAAAAUACAUGGUUCUGAUAACUCUCCACAAGUAACAGUCAACUCUGUUGCAGGUCCUAGAAGGAAAUUUGUUGAUGAGGGAAAAUUAAGAAAGGUAUCGGAGAGGCUCUUUUCUGAUUCCAGUCAGCGAAGAAGCAUGAGACUCGCUGCCGAAUCGGUCAGUACCAACUCAAGUACAUCUGUAGCUUCUGGAAAUGGAGUUAGACAUUCUACUAAGUUUCUUGGAGGUUUGAAAUCAAGCUCCAUGGUUUCACGGUCUUUAACAAUUCGAAAGGGUCAAUCCUGGGCAAGUGAGAAUGCUGAUGAUGGGACUCGUCAUGACGUGUAUGAUGAUUCUAGAUUGCAUAUCACUACUUCAAGCUCAUCUCCCACUAGAGAUAAUAGGUCUCUUGAGCCAGAAGGAGAAAAUAGGCCUUCUUCAUGUGCUGCUGUUUUGAGCAGCUCAAGAAUCAUAGAUGGUGCUUCUGAUAUAUUGGGUCUUUUUAGGCUUCUAGGGGAGGGCCUAAGACUUUCCAGUCUGUGCAGAUGCCAGGAUGCAUUGAAUGUCUACAUGAAACUUCCCCAAAAACAUUAUAAUACCGGAUGGGUGCUUUCGCAGGUAGGAAAAGCAUAUUUUGAAAUGGUUGAUUAUCUUGAAGCUGAUCGUGCCUUCAGUCUUGCACGUAUUGCCUCCCCGCACAGUUUGGAGGGGAUGGACAUAUACUCUACAGUUUUAUAUCAUUUGAAGGAAGAUAUGAAGUUGAGUUACCUUGCUCAGGAGCUGAUAUCCACAGACCGUUUAGCUCCUCAAUCAUGGUGUGCUAUGGGGAACUGCUAUAGCUUACAGAAAGAUCAUGAAACCGCUCUUAAAACUUUCCAGAGAUCUGUGCAAUUAAAUUCAAGAUUUGCAUAUGCCCACACCUUGUGUGGUCAUGAAUAUGUGGCCUUGGAGGAUUUUGAAAAUGGUGUUAAGAGCUACCAGAAUGCCCUUCGUAUAGACUCGAGGCACUAUAACGCCUGGUAUGGACUUGGAAUGAUAUAUCUCAGACAAGAGAAGUAUGAGUUCUCUGAGCACCAUUUCCGAAUGGCUUUCCAAAUUAACCCAUUUUCAUCUGUUAUAAUGUCGUAUCUUGGGACUGCUUUACAUGCGCUGAAGAGAAAUAAUGAAGCACUCGAGAUGAUGGAAAGAGCUGUUUUGGCUGAUAAGAAGAACCCACUUCCUCUGUAUCAAAAAGCGAACAUCCUUGUGAGCAUGGAUAAUCUUGAUUGGGCUUUAACUGUUCUUGAGGAGCUCAAAGAGUAUGCACCGUGUGAGAGCAGUGUUUACGCAUUAAUGGGCAGCAUUUACAAGCGGAGGAAUAUGUAUGAUAAAGCCAUGCUUCAUUUUGGAAUAGCAUUGGAUUUGAAACCUUCGGCAACUGAUGUUGCUGCUAUCAAGGCUGCCAUCGAGAAGUUGCACGUACCAGAUGAAUUAGAUGAUGAUAGUGAAUCAGUAGAUUGAGCAUUGCGGACAAUAUGAAAGGUGUAAUUAGUUCGGCAGGUGGUGACCAUGUACAAUUUUCCUGCUUGUGCUUUCGGCUCGGAUGCUGAAAAUACUGUGGGCCUCCCCUUGCACAUAACAUCCUCCGAGAUUUACUUCUCGUUCGGAAAUAAUUGUCAGCCCGUGGAAAAAUGUGCAGCUCUGAUCAAUUUAGUGAAAAAUUGUGAAUGGAUGGAUGUGCAAAUGAACCAAACGCAUAUAUAAAUACUGCCAAAAGUAGCGUUUUAGCGUAAUUGUACCUCAUAUGAAUCCAUGUAUUUUAUUUAGACACGUAAAAAAAAAAAAAACAGUAGUUACUCUUGAGUUUCCUUAGUCGUAUAUCUCAUCCAAUUUAAACAGGUUACAGAGUUUGGUAAUGUGGGAUAGAGUUGGUG